AUGCUAUCGGAGACCGUAUAUAGCUCUGACGUUAGCGAUGAUCCGCGAAGUGCAGGCUUAUCGCCUAGGGUUGCCGCCUUAGCUACUAAUUUUUUCGACGAAUUACAAGUGUUGAUCAACGCAUACGGCAAUGAAGCUGUUGAUCGUUUAACGCCAAUGAUCGUAUCAGUAUUAGAGAAUCUUGAUAACGCUUUUAGUGAAAGUCAUGAUUAUUUGAUUAAGUUGGAAGAAGUAGAUGAAGAUAAACAGCAAUUGUUAGCCCAAUAUGAGCGUGAAAAACAACUCCGUAAAAUUGCUGAAGAGAAAUAUUUAGCCGUUGAAGAUAACUUGGAAGAAGAUAAAAGAGAGUUAGAAAAUCAGCUAGAAAGCAAUAAUAAACAAAGUCGGCAGUUGGAUGGUAAAUGCAAAGCUUUAAUACAGCAAGGUAAUUCACUCAUCGAAAUAUCUCUUUAA